AUGGCGCAGGGACGACAGGAGGCUGCCAAGUUGCUGGCCGAACAGCAAACGAGGCUCAGCGCGGUCGAGGGCCUCUCUGGCGUCAAGCUCGCUCUCGACUUUGACCACUUCAUAAACCAUCACAACUUCAAGGAGAGCUCUCGGCAGGACGACCUCCUCCGAAGCUUGGUAUCAGACGUCGUAGAGAAGGGCCUCUGGGCCUCCGACGAAGGGUUGGUGGCCUGGCUCAACAAGAGCGAGCGAGCGAGACAACUGUUUGCGGCGGGCACGGAGCGUUGCGUGGUGCGCCUGUCGGCCGACAACCAGGUCGACUCGGGCGUCGGCAACUCGUACUACAUGAUCCGCUUCGAGGCCCCGAAGACAAUGGUGGUCACCGCGCGCAUGGACUGCGUCACCUACACCGACGGCUGGGGUCCCAAGGUUGACGAGCAGCUCGGCCUGCACGUGCUCGACGAGGUCUACGUCAACGAGGGCGCCGACAAGCUCAAGCGCGCCGAGGAGCGGUUUAGGUCCGACUUCGCGGCCGACGCCGACCUUCCGCUGGAGGUCGACUGGGCCAGCUUCGUCGCCUCGCCGCAGUUCCGCGAGCGCGGCGACAGCUCGCGCCAGAGCGUGGUCCACAGCGUGGUCGAGUCCCUGAUCGAGCGCGGCCUGUGGGACUCGAGCGAGGGCCUGCUGACGUGGCUCGCCAAGAGCCCCCGCGCGCGGGCCAUCGUGCUUUCGCGCGUCGCGCGUAUCGUGGUGGCGCUCAGCCCCGAUAGCAGCGGCAUCGAGCCGCGCAACGGCAACUCGUACUACCAGCUGCGGCUCGUCGACGGCGUGACGCUGGCCGUGACCGCGCGCAUGGACUGCGUCACCUACACCGACGGCUGGGGCCAGAAGCUCGACGAAGAGCUCGGCCUGCACGUGCUCGACGAGGUCUACAUGAAGGAGGCCACCGAGCUGGUCGCGCGGCAGGAGGAGCGGCUCCAGGCCGACCUGGGCGGGGUCGGCGUGCUGCUGGAGGUCGACUGGGCCAGCUUCGUCGCGAGCCCUCAGUUCCUUGAGCGCGGCGACAGCUCGCGCCAGAGCGUGAUCCGCGCCGUGUCGGAGUCGGUGAUCGAGCGGGGCCUGUGGGACUCGAACGAAGGCCUGGUGUCGGUCUGGAUCAACGGCAGCCGUCGCGUGCGCCGGCUGGUGCUCGAGCGCGUGAACAAGAUCGUGGUACGGCUGCAGCCCGACGGCUCACUGCCGGCCGUGGGCACGGGCAACUCGUACUACCAGGUCGAGCUCGACACGCGCGACGGCCAGCAGUCGCUGGUUGUGACGGUGCGGCUCGACUGCGUGACCUACACGGACGGCUGGGGCCAGAAGGUCGACGAGCGCCUGGGCCUGCACUACCUCGACGAGACCUACCUGCGCAAGGCCACGCAGGAGCUCGCCACCAAGGCCGCGGCGCUGCAGUCUGACCUAUCGGGCGCCGGGGUGAAGCUGCACGUCGACUGGGACUCGUUCGUGCGCGCACCGCAGUUCCUCGAGCGGGGCGACAGCUCGCGCCAGAGCGUGAUCGACAGCGUGAUCGAGUCUGUGAUCCAGCGCGGCGUGUGGGACGGAAGCGACGGCCUGGUGGCCUUUGCGCGCGAACACCCGGAGGCGUCGCUGGCGUCGCUGGCCGCCGUCGUAGUCAAGCUGUCGCCCGACUCGCAGGUCGACUACGAGACCGGCAACUCCUACUACGGCCUGAGCGUGAGCGCCGGGCCGACGAUCACCGUCACGGUGCGGCUCGACUGCGUGACCUACACCGACGGCUGGCUCGAGAAGCUGAACCACCACCUCGCCGACCUCAAGUCAGCAACCAAGGCGGCCGUGGAUCUGGAUCAGGUGCACGAGUACCUGCAGGAGCAGCCGGAGCCCACGUUGCCCGGGCCGGCCAUACCCUGUGACAUCCACGCCUACAUGCUGGCGCCGGGCCAGAUCGCGACUCCCCAGUUGAGCGAAGAGGCCAAGCAAGCUCGCGAGCAGGCACUCGCGGCGGCCAAGGCCCGGAAGGAGGCCGAGGAGGCCAAGAAGCGCGAGGCCGAGGAGCUCCAGCGGCAGCGCAUCGAGGAGCAGCGCCGCAAGCGCGAGGAGGCCCAGGCCGCCAUGCGAGCCCGGCAGGCCGAGCGCCAAAAAACCGCCGGCCGACCCCUGCCCACGCCCGGCGGCGCCAGGCCCACCUCCGCCUCCGCGUCCAAGGCCGCCGGCGCGCCCGACGAGUCCAUCGCCGGCGUCAAGGACCUGCUCAAGGACCUCAAGUCCUACGAGUCACAGUUCAACUCGGCCGUCGGUGGCGGCUGCGCUGUAGAGUUCGCUGUAGACUGGAGCUUCACGACCGACCGCGCCUUCACCGGCCUCACCGACGACCAGCGUCGUUCCUGCGUCUCCUACCAGCUCCAGAGCAACGUUAGCUCGCUCGCCAGCCAACUGAACUCGGUCGCGCGCGACACGACGGCCCGAGAGGAGAUCCAGUCGGGCCUCUUCACGCGGGUCGUGGUGGGCUUCGACAUGGCCAACGCCAUCAACUCGUGCGUGGUCGACAGCGAAUACGCGCGGUUCUACGAGGUGGCGCUGCGCGACGGCGAGCUGCAGCUGCGGAUCAACUUUAACAAGCGUGAGGCGGGCCUGAGCUCGCUCGACGACAAGCUGGCCUGCGCGCUCAACCUCCAGGUGGCACAGAGCCAGGCCGAGACGCGCCGCGAGCUCGACGCGCUCGAGAAGCGCAUCGCCGCCGAGCUCGGGGCCGCCAUUGCACUCGACGUCGACUGGGCCGCGUUCACCGAAAGCGACGCCUUCCUGGGCGGCGCGCUCCGGCACGAGAUCGUGCCUCACGACGACCUGCGUCGCUACCGGUCUGUCAUCUACAACCUGCACUACCAGUACGUGCAGGGCGUGAUCGCCAGCUCGGACAGCCUGCUCUACCUGUGCCGCGACGACGAGAUCUACCGGGCGGCGGUGGUCGAGCGCAUCGCGUCGAUCGUGUUCGCCUACGACCCCGCCGACGGGGUCAAGUCGCCCGUGGGCGGCGAUUACGCGCGCCACUGGGAGCUGAAGCUCGACGCGCCGGCCAAGCGGCUGCAUGUCACCAUCAACCUCUCCAACAACAACCAAUCGCCGUAUGGGGCGAAGGAGAAGUGGGACGAGCUGAUGCAGCUGCGCACGGCCCAGGGCAUCCGCAACGCCGAGAGGGAGAUCGCCGACAUGGUCGAGCGCGAGCGCGCGCGGAUCGGCAAGCGGGUCGAGGUAGAGGUCGUCUGGGACUCCUUCACCAGCCACCAGGCCUACUCCGCGCUCACGCUCGACGCCAAGUCGUCGCUGCUCCGCAACGUCCACUCGCAGCACGUCGAGGCCCUGCUCACCAGCAGCUCCGGCCUCGGCUACCUGUGCGCCAACGACGAGAUCUACAAGCGCACGAUCCAGGCCCGGAUCGACAAGGUGGUGCUGGCCUACGACCCGACCAACGCCGUGCGCGACCCGAUCGGCGGCGAGUACGGUGCGUUCUACCGGGUCGAGCUGAUGGCCGACGACCGACGCGAGCUGCGCGUGACCAUCAACCUCGACAAGGCGGGCCAGAGCCUGUACGCCCUUAGCGAUAAGCUGGACGAGGUGCUCGACGUGCGGGUCGAGCAGAAGCAGCGCGACGCCAACAAGGAGAUCGAUCAGCUGCGGGCCGAGCUCGCCGCGGCCUUUGGCUCGCCGGCGGUCGCGCUCGCGGUCGAAUGGGAGUCGUUCACCUCCCACACCGCGUUCCUGGCGAAGCCCCUGGAGGAGCGCGGCCGGGUCGUGUCGCAGAUCAACAGCCAGCUGCUGGGCACCAUUGUCAACAGCAGCGAUGGGCUGGCCCGCACGGCGGCGAACGAGCCCACGGCCAAGGCCAUUCUCGCGCGCGAGAUCAAGUCGGUGGUGGUGGCGAUCGACCCGACGAACGCGGUUGUCGACAGGGUCGCUGGGGACAGCGAAUACUGUCGGCACUACCGCCUGGUCCACUCGGGCGCACCGGCGUGCGAGCUGCGCGUGGUCUGCAAUCUGAACGCUGUCGACAAGGGCCUGUACUCCUUCUGCGACAAGGUCGACACUCUCUUCGACCUCUCCGUGGCCAAGGCCCAGCGCCAGGGCCAGGCCGAGCUCGAUAAGUUCGCCGCUGCGCUGCGCGCGCAGGGCAUCUCCGUCGCUGUUGACGGCGGCGUGCGGAUCGACUACGCCCGCUUCGUCGGCGCGCCCCAGUUCGUGGCCCAGCCGGCGGCCGAGAAGGGCCGACUCGUUACGCGUCUGAUCGACUCAGGCGUGUCGGCCGUGGUCGAGGGCAGCGACGGCCUCCUCCGCCUGUGCGCCGCCGAGCCCGCCGUAGGCGAGUGGGCCAAGGCCCACGUCCGCUCGGUCGUGCUGGCCUACGACCCGGCCUCGACCAUCAACGACCCGGCCUCCGGCGGCGGCCGUGGUGAGAGCUACUCAGCCUUCUACAGCGUGGCCCUGAGCGACGACGGCGAGCUGGCCAUCACCAUCAACCUCAGCAGCGCUAACAGCGCCUCGAGCCUCUACGAGCUGCCUCACAAGCUGCGCGCGCAGCUCCACUUUGCCGACGCCCGCAAGCGACGGUUCCCGGCGGCGCUGGAGCGGCACCGCAAGGCGAUGGAGGCGGCGGUGGGGCACCAGGUGGCGCUGGCCUUUGAUUGGCGGAGCCUGGACAACCCGGGCUUCCUCUAUUGGCGGCCGGCAGGCAGCGCCAACGAGGCCCUCGAGACCGCGUUCGACCGCCCGACCGGCUUCUUCGCCCAGCUGGCCCAGCUCGUCGCCGACGUCUGCAGCACGCCCAUGGGCAAGCAGGCCUUCGCCGCCGCAGUGUCGCGCGUGGCUGUUACCGCGUCGUCGGCCGCAUCGACGUCGACGACGCUCACCAUCACCGCCGACCAGAAGCUGCUCGAGGUGGUGGCGCCGGCGGGCCUCGAGCGGCGCCAGUCGGACGUGGCCCAGUGGCGCGAGAGCGUCGAGCACCAGCUCGGGCAGACCGUGGCGGUGGCCAAGCACUACGCGCUGCUCAACGUCGCCCGCGUCGAGCAGGAGAUGAGCGCGACCGUGGGCAAGCGCGUGCCGGUGACGAUCGACUGGCGCCACAUCGAGGCCCCGGCCUUCAUCGAGCGCCAUGGCCCGGCCCUCGCCACCCGCCGCAUUCGCACCCUGUCGCAGGCCCUCACCGAGUCGCUCCUGGUGCGCGGCCUCGCCGCCGUGUGCGCCCACCCGGUCGGCAAGCGCACCGUCAACGAGGCCAUCGUGCGCGUCGUGAUCAGCCUCGACCCCACCGCCGACUACUCGCCCACCGUCUACGGCCACUUCCCGUCCCUUCUCACCAUCGCUUCGGAUAAAACGCUGACGCUGCGCACCGACGAGGAGGCCGCAGCGGCCAAAGAGCGCUUCAAGGAGCGGAUCGAGUUCGCGCUCGACCUGGUGGUGCGGAUCGCCGAGAGCAAUGCGCAGGCGCGGCACGACGCGGCCCAGGCGGCGGUGCGCGCGGCUGUCGGGCGGCCGACGCUCAAGAUCGAGCCCGACCUGGGCUUCACCGCGCUCCAGGCCUUCCGGGUGCUGCCGCCCGCCCAGCAGGCCGACAUCGUCACCGCCCUCUGUGCCGCGUUGCCCGAGGCGGCCCUGGCCAGCCCCGGCGGCCUGCUGGGCGUCGUGGCCCACCCGGUCGGCAAGAAUGCGAUGAAUGCGCCCGGCGUCGACGUCAUUCAUCUUUCGGCGGAUCCUGACAAUCGCCAGCCGUCGCCCAAUGGCGCCCUCGCGCUCGGUUCCGGCGGAAAGAGGCUCGAGCUGACCCUCAACAUGCGCGACGUGCUGGCCGCGGUCGAGCGGCCCGACUGGAAGCCGCGCAUGGCCGACGCGCUCGGCGUGCUGCUGGACGUGGCCAAGGCCGAGGCCGCCACCGCGCUCGCACCCACCGCGGCCAAGCUCGGCGCGGCCCUGGGCCGGCCUACGCCGGUCGCGCUCGACUGGUCCGCCUUUGUCGGCGCGCGCGAGUGGACCGAGCUCGAGGCCGGUGCCAAGCUGGGCAUCUCGGCCGACGUCGCCGGCCCGCUGGCCGCCCGCGCGCUGCUCGGGUACCAGGGCCUGGCCGGCCUCGCCGAGUUCGACGACGUCAAGGCCACCGUCAACCAACACAUCGCGUCGGUCCGCAUCGUCGUCGAGACCCGCGCCGGCGCGCAGACGACGGUGAACGCGGCCAACGGCGCGUUGACCCUGUCGCUGCCGCUCGACCAGCUUAAGUCCAGCGACUUUGAGCUGCCACCGGUGCGGUUCCUGGUCGAGGCGGCGCUGGGCCUGAAGCCCGCAAUCCAGGCCGCCGUGGUGCGCGAGACCGAGGCGGCGCUGGCCAGCGGCACCGAGGCCGGCCUGUCGCGCGCGCUGGGCAAGCCGAUCAAGGUCACCAUCGACUGGGCGGCGCUGUUCGGGUCGGCCCUGUACCGCGGCACGCAAGACUACGUCGGCUUCAUCCGAAAGCGCGUCGCGCCGCUGCCGGCGACCGCGUUCGAGGGCAAGGACCGCGACAGCCUGGCGGGGCUGUGGUCGGCCAACGACGCCGCGCGGCGGGCCAUGGCCCAGCGCUUCGGCGAGCUCAAGCUGGUGGUCGACACCACCAAUGCGUGCCACCCGCCCCAGUUCAGGUUCGUGCCGCAGUACUACCGCGCCGAUGCGGAGGGGGCCACGCUGGCCGUCCACAUGCGGAUCGACGAGCAGGGCGGCCGCGGGUGCGGCGCGGUGGUCGAGUGGGUGCUCACCCCCGACGUCGCCGCCGCCAAGGAGAAGGCCGAGAUCGCCCGCAUCGCCAACGAAAGACGUGCCGAUGAGCUGGCGCGGCGCGAUCGUAUGGUGCGCGACGCGGCCGCCGACAACGAGCGCGCGCAGAAGGACUACCAGCGCGACAUCAAGAAGUACGAGAGCGAGAUGAAGAAGUACGAGAAGGAUGUGAAGGAGAAGCACCUGCACUGCAAGGGCACGGGCUGGCUGUCGUGCGGCGGCUCGUACCACCAGAAGAACUCGAUCCUGAGGUCGUGCCAGUACUGCAACGGCAAGGGCGGCCACAAGUGCGGCCUGUGCAAGGGCACGGGCCUCAAGUACCCCAACCUCAAGCCGCCCAGCGUGCCCAAGCAGCCGAAGCUCAAGCCCAUCCCGACCUUCGCCUCCAUCGACUCCAUCGACUUCACCCGCAACAUCUCCUGA